GCGGCACUGCACUUCCUUCUGAAGCUGUUUAUGAGCCGCUAAGCUGAACAAAAUCCUGCCUGACAAGACCUUUGCAUCAUAGUGAAGGACCACGUUAUACGGAGGGGCUGCUUCUCACAGUCAGGAGGCUCUGUAUGUUCGUGUGCGUGCGUGCGGGCGCGCGCGCGUGCGUGUGUGUGUGUGUGUGUGAGCGAGAGAUAGAGAGAGAACAAGAGGGGGAGUGAGGCUGAGGGCGAGAGAGAGGAGCGAAAGCAAGCGUGCGUGAGAAAGAGAGGUAUUUUCAUAAGAGAAGGAGCAUUUUGGUGGAUGGGAUGAAGCCAGCCAUGGAAACUGCAUCAGAGGACAACCAGGAGCAGAGCCAAGACAGAAAAGGUUGCUUUGAGUGCUGCAUCAAGUGCUUGGGUGGAGUUCCCUAUGCUUCCCUGGUGGCCACCAUUCUGUGCUUCUCGGGUGUUGCCCUCUUCUGUGGCUGUGGCCAUGUGGCCCUCACAGGCACAGUCACCAUCCUGGAGAAUCACUUUUCCAAGAUCGCUACUGACCAUGCCAUGCUGACUGAUGUGGUCCAACUGAUGCAGUAUGUUAUCUAUGGCAUCGCCUCCUUCUUCUUCCUCUAUGGCAUCAUUCUCCUGGCUGAGGGGUUCUACACAACCAGUGCGGUCAAAGAGCUCCACAGCGAGUUCAAGACGACAGUGUGUGGACGUUGCAUUAGCGGCAUGUUUGUGUUCCUGACAUACAUCCUGGGAGUGGCCUGGCUAGGCGUGUUUGGUUUCUCCGCUGUGCCCGUCUUCCUGUUCUACAACAUGUGGUCGACCUGCGCUGCCAUGAGGUCUCCGGUGGCCAACGUUACCUCCGUGGACUCCAUCUGCGUCGAUGUUCGUCAGUACGGUAUUAUACCUUGGCACGCUACACCUGGAAAGGCUUGUGGGUCAACACUAGAUGAUAUCUGCAAUACCAGUGAGUUCUACCUUUCCUACCACCUGUACAUUGUGGCCUGUGCUGGGGCUGGUGCCACUGUUAUUGCUCUGAUCCACUUCCUCAUGAUUCUCUCUGCCAACUGGGCCUACCUAAAAGACGCCAGUCACAUGCAUGCGUACCAGGACAUCAAAUCGAAGGAAGAGCAGGAGCUGCAAGACAUCCAGUCCCGCUCUAAGGAAUGCCUCAAUUCCUACUCAUAAGGAUUAAAAAGGGCCCUGCCCCCUUCCCCAGGCCUGCUCUAGGUGCUGGAUGAACUUAACAAGCGGCUAUGAUAACCUGCCAUCAACUCUAAUACAGUGCUACGCUAACAUGGUUCCUUAACACCUAAUGCAUUGUUGUUGCUUUCUCAACUAACUUGCCAGGGUGUUUCCAGAAACCUGUUUUAUUUGUUUUAUAUACAGACGUACAUACGUUUUUUUAUUAUUAUUCAAAGUUUUCCAUUUUCAAAAAGAUCUUCCUUUCUCUCUUUUUUUUUUUCCGUGUUCCUUUUUCCGAACAGUAUGUAUUGGUAAAGCUUGAAACAUUGCACUGUUUUUAAAAUGAGAGAAGAUACCACAUGCGUUUUAAUUUGCCGUGAUUUAGCGACCUGCUGCUAAGAGUAAAAGGAAAACACGGAGGACUGAGAAGAGCAGUUUCACAGAAGAUGCAAUUUUGAUUAGAUUUCGUUGCACAAUUUGAUGAGCCUUACAAAAAAACAUAGAAUGAUACAACAGAUAAAAUUAGUGCAAUGCGUUGUUUAUACCUGCUUGAUUGUCCUUGUAUGUAAUGAUGUAAUGUGUUGAUGUUUGAUAGAAGGGGAAUUUGGUGAUGAGAAAUGUAAACCUGCAGCAUUACUUCUAACAAAAUAAGCAUGCAUGGCAUUUAGGGAAACAUUGAAAAAAUUGUCUGCAUCUGCUGUGACAUCUGUUUCACAAGUACAUGUGUACCUCAUGUUACGAACACCAUAGUUACUAUUUCUCGAAAAUACGGACAUUUCUCAGUUUAUUUAUUUUUAAUAGUUUUAUUUACACUAUUCAAAAAUAGACUACAUUUCUGCUCAAACAUACUCAGAACAGAAACUCUAGAAAUAAAUGGUGCUGUAGGGAUAGGGGAAAGGAGUGGGCAGCUUUGUGAACCAAUUUCGGUAACCUUGUUAUUGCGUAUAUCCAAGACUAAAGCUACCCAACAAAAUUUUACCCUGUCUCACAAACAAUGUUUCUAGGAAAGAGUUACACUGAUAUACUGCAUGAGCAGUUCAUGAAAACUGAAUCAAUAAAUGAAAAUGUUAUAGCAGAUUUUCUAAUCAUUUUGGCAUUAUCUGAUAUCUUUAACAGAACCUAACAUGAGUAAAUCAGGCACUUAAGCUUCAUUAUUAAUGUUUUUUUUUUGUAAUUGUGACAUACUGCAUGGAUUUACAAAUAAACAGAAUAACGAAUGUCCAUUCCUAAUUGCGUUUGUGAAUUGAGGUACAAGUGUACUUAUCCCAUGCUUAGGGAAGGUGGAUGACCUUUUUUGCAGUUUGCAGGAUUCAGUUUUUUAUGAAGGUUGCAGCAGAUGUGUCCAUCCUUUUAAGUAAAAUAACAAUACAAGCUUGAUCACUUUGAAACCCUGCCCGGAAUAUUAUUUUUGUAAAUCUACCUCAGGUACUAAACAGCUUCAUUUAUGAGUCAUAAAUUCAUCAAAUCAAUGCAGCAACACAAGCCAACUCAAAUAGUAUGCAAAAUUACACUUUUGGAUCAUCUUUGGCCGCAUUACUAAAAUUAAGAAAAAAAAAAAAAACAUGGUUGUGACUAAACGCUGACAGUGCAAUUAAUGUUCAGUCUGCAGAAAUUUAUAUUUCCUGGACCACAGAGGUAACAGAGGAGGUUCAACUAUAGGGUGUUAGAAUAAAUGUGAGCGAUAAAAUGGGGAGGCAGGACCAAGUUUUACCAUUUUACAAUGCAUUUACCCAUUCCUCUUGCAAUAUAGUCAGCCUUGUAUUUUCAUUGUGGUAUACUGUACAGUAAAUACAACAAAAAAACAUCAAGAAAAGAUUAAAUCAGCAGUGUUUGACAAAGGGCUUGUAUUGUCUCUAUUUUGUGCUGAGAAAGUUGUUGAAAACAAAGCAAAAAAAAAAAAAAAAA